CCCCUGGCCGGCGCCUUACCUCCUCGCGCCGCGAGCCUUCAGACCCUGCGAGUGGCGGCUGCUUGCUCUACAUGCUGGGCUUCACCAUCAGGCCUCCUCACCAGCUGCUGUCUAUUCUUUUGUGUCCCGGACUCCGGACACCUCGACUACCGGCGCUUGGUAUUCAGCCCAGGGCCAGACCCAUGGCUACCUCCUCUUCCUCCUGGGAACUGCCCCUAGUGGCCGUGUGCCAGGUAACAUCAACACCAGAUAAGCAGCAGAACUUUAAAACUUGUGCUGAGCUGGUUCGAGAAGCUGCCAGAUUGGGCGCCUGCCUGGCUUUCCUGCCUGAGGCUUUCGACUUCAUUGCCCGGGACCCUGAGGAGACACUACGCCUUUCUGAGCCACUGGGUGGGAACCUUUUGGGAGAAUAUACCCAGCUUGCCAGGGAAUGUGGACUCUGGCUGUCCUUGGGUGGUUUCCAUGAGCGUGGCCAAGAUUGGGAGCAGACUCAGAAAAUCUACAAUUGUCAUGUGCUUCUGAACAGCAAGGGGUCAGUAGUAGCCACAUACAGGAAGACGCAUCUGUGUGAUGUAGAGGUUCCAGGGCAAGGACCUAUGCAUGAGAGCAACUCUACCAUGCCUGGGCCUAGUCUUGAGUCACCUGUCAGCACACCAGCAGGCAAGAUUGGCCUAGCUGUCUGCUAUGACAUGCGGUUCCCUGAACUCUCUCUGGCAUUGGCUCAGGCUGGAGCAGAAAUACUUACCUACCCUUCAGCUUUUGGAUCUGUUACAGGCCCAGCACACUGGGAGGUGUUGCUCCGGGCCCGUGCCAUUGAAACUCAGUGCUAUGUAGUGGCAGCCGCACAGUGUGGACGCCAUCAUGAGAAGAGAGCAAGUUAUGGCCACAGCAUGGUGGUAGAUCCCUGGGGAACAGUGGUGGCUCGAUGCUCUGAGGGACCGGGCCUCUGCCUUGCCCGAAUUGACCUCAAUUAUCUACGACAGUUGCGCCAACACCUGCCUGUGUUUCAGCACCGAAGGCAUGACCUCUAUGGCAGUCUGGGUCACGCAUUGUCUUAGGACUUUGCAUUUCUGUGAGUUGAGACCCCCAUGGUAAGCUGGUGUUGCUGUGACUUAUAAGCAGAAAUCAUGCGCAUCUCCUCACUUGGGCCCUUGACUGACUUGAUAGAGCACAGGCUCAGCUUCUUGGGAAAGAAGAAACUUUCACCUGAGCUCAGAUUUGAGUUUCAGAAAGGUGGAAUUUUAUAUAGUCAUUGUUUAUUUCACAAAAACUGAAAUCAGGCUGAGGGCUGAACAGCACUGGCAUAGAAAAAAAUAUAAUCAUGAAGUC